CCGCUUCGGAGCUCGGUUCACUGCAUUUCUGCCGUGUGUCUGCACUUCAGAGGUUCAGUUCAGAUACUACCUGUAUGCAGUGACUGGAUAGUUUGGAUAAUGGGAACCCGCAAUCAGCUUUGGUCGAUCGCCAAGAUGUCGGUGACCGGGGGUGUAAUCGGCAUCACCAUUUCCGACCGCUACGUCACCGUGGUGGCCAUAAAGGGCCACUCGAUGCAUCCCACCAUGACGGGCACCGACAGCGCCUUGCGAGGUGACAUCGUGUUAGCGGAGAAGGGCUGCCUCGAUCGGUACAAAUUCUCCCGUGGAGAUGUCAUUUUGUUCAAAUGCCCUAGUAAUCACAAGGAAGUGUUUGUGAAGAGACUGAUUGGCUUACCUGGUGAGUGGAUACAGCUCCCUGCGUCUUCUGAGAUAAUUAAGGUCCCACAGGGGCAUUGCUGGGUUGAAGGGGAUAAUGCUGCUAGAAGCUGGGAUUCAAGAUCAUUUGGCCCAAUCCCUUUAGGCCUAAUAAACGGGAGGGUCACCCACAUCAUCUGGCCGCCGUCGAAGAUGGGCAGAGUGGAGAGAAAAUGGCCCGAAGAUAGAAUCCCGCCGUUUUGAUUCGACUCCUCACCGCACGUGAUGAUGAUCCAUCCACUUUAGCCUGUUUUGUGGCUACCAGAAGUUUAGCUACCCGUUGUUCAAGUUUUGGUGAGAUUUGUUCGGAAAUUUCCUUUAGCCCACCAUUUUUUGUUGUUGUUGCUUCCUCGUGUAAACAAUUUUGUCUUCGAAUUGGUCAAAUGUAAAACCUCAAUCGAGGCCCUUCACACUCAAUCAUAUGUUUUGCAAACAGAUACAGCUUGGCAAUGAACUUUUGCAACU